CUUUGGCGUGUGGAUGUAUUUCCUGGGAUUUGUCUGUUUUUUUUUAUCGCUUGCCAGUUGGACGAAGAUGUCAAUUUCUUGUAUAAAAGAAUUUAUAUCACUUUUAUAAUUUUACAACGUUCUUUAAAUAUAGUAAUAAUUAUGAGCAGAAUCGAAAAUUAAUGUCACGGUAUUGUAUUGAACGCGCUACAUAGAAAAAACUGUUUUGAAGUCCUGCUUUGGCUGAAACGACCUACUAGGCUACCAUCCUAGCUAGAGACCUUCAUUGCUCUUAUACAGACAUUUCGAGAGAUAAGGAUAAAACGUGGAAAGUUUACUCUGAACCAAGGGGAGCAGAGUGACAGGUGUGACAGUAUUUCAGUAUUUUUCACAGGGGAACCUUGAGGAAUGUUGUGUGAUCAAUGUCACAUGCUUAACUCUGGAGCCACGCAGCGGGAGGAGAGAGCUGUCAACAGGGCAACUGAGAUAUGACUGGGGCUGUUCAUCAGACAGACUGUUGUGAAUAUCAUAACCAACGAGUAUUGUUUGGCGUUUUGAAUAAAGAGGCUGGAGGUUCCCGAGGUGGGUAGUUAAUUGGCGGAUGGGAGGGAACGAAUUAAGUAGGUAACGCGCUACAAAGCAAGAACGCGUUCUCUGCCAGUGUCUGACAGGACGGUCGACCUACUUCACUUCCCUAUUUGGAGCCCGUACUCGGGAGUUCGUUGAAGAUUUGUGGUACUCAGGACCAGCUUUCUGAUGCGUAUAUAUUUUAUUUGACAAAAUCAGCCCAACAACCGAUUCUGAUUGAAGUGCAUUAUCCACGUCAAAGACACAUCUAGCUCGUGGUGACUCUUCUUGGCUGCUGUCAAAGAGGGGAGUGCUUUCAUUGCUGAGUAAUGAACAGUGAGACUUGUUCACACCAGAAAUACUGACACAUGGACAGCCAAUGUGGGACUGGUGAGAAGUGAGACUUGUCCACCCCAGAAAGACAGACGGAUAGAGUGCCACUGCCCAGGGCACCUCCUUUCCUUUUCAUGGAUGUCAGGCUGGUCCUGGUGCAGCUUGGGACUCUUGUUGUCCACCUGUCCACAGCCCUGAAAUCGUCUUCUGGGCUUACCACUGGAGGUGAGGUCUUCACUAACACCUGGGCGGUCCACAUUGAGGGCGGACCUCAAGAGGCCGACCGCGUCGCCAGGAAACACGGCUUUAUCAACCACGGCAAUGUGUUCAGGGAUUAUUAUCACUUCUGGCAUCGUACCGUGGUGAAGCGAUCCCUAUCAGGCCACAGGGGAAUACACAUCCGACUGCAGAAGGAACCACGGGUGCUUUGGACAGAGCAGCAGGUGUCAAGACGGAGGAAAAAAAGGGAUGUCUACACUGAACCAUCUGACCCCAAAUUCACCCAGCAGUGGUACCUGUCUAACCCUAGCCAAGCAGACCUUAAUGCUAGGGGAGCAUGGUCAGAGGGCUACACUGGGAGAGGAGUGGUUGUCACCAUUCUGGAUGAUGGCAUCGAGAAAGACCACCCGGACCUUGCCACCAACUAUGACCCUGAUGCCAGCUAUGACGUAAACGAUGGAGACCCAGACCCCCAGCCACGGUACACACAGCGCAACGAGAACAGGCAUGGAACACGGUGUGCCGGGGAGGUUGCUGCUGCUGCCAACAAUGAUGUCUGUGGGGUGGGUGUGGCCUACAAUGCCAGAAUUGGAGGUGUCCGUAUGCUGGACGGGGAGGUGACAGACAUAGUGGAAGCCCACUCCCUUAGCUUCAACUCACAGCACAUAGACAUCUACAGCGCCAGCUGGGGCCCAGAGGAUGAUGGAAAAACAGUGGACGGGCCUGCUAAGCUGGCCAAAGAGGCCUUCCUUCGAGGAGUUACUGAGGGUCGCGGUGGGCUGGGCUCCAUCUUUGUGUGGGCAUCGGGGAAUGGGGGUCGUGAGAAGGACAGCUGUAACUGUGACGGUUACACCAACAGCAUCUAUACCCUGUCCAUCAGCAGCACCACCCAGUAUGGCAUGGUGCCUUGGUACAGUGAGGCCUGCUCCUCCACCCUCGCCACCACCUUCAGUUCUGGAAACCCCAACGAGAAGCAGAUUGUCACUACAGACCUGAGACAGAAGUGUACAGACUCUCACACAGGGACUUCAGCCUCCGCCCCUCUGGCUGCAGGGAUCAUCGCCCUGGCUCUGGAGGCCAAUAUGAACCUGACAUGGAGGGACAUGCAGCACCUUGUGGUGAGAACGUCUCAACCUGUCCAUCUCAGCACUGAUGACUGGAGGACCAAUGGGGUGGGCCGGCGAGUGAGUCAUUCAUAUGGGUAUGGUCUGCUGGAUGCCGGGGCCAUGGUGGCCUUGGCUAAGAACUGGACCAAUGUGGGCCCCCAGCACCAGUGUGUCCUUACCAUGCUCUCAGAGCCCAUGGAAAUAGGCAGCCGGUUGCUGUUCACUAAGACAUUGGACGCCUGCUGGGGCAGACCAGAGUAUGUCAGCUCUUUGGAGCAUGUCCAAGCCCGCCUCACCCUGUCCUACAACCACAGAGGAAACCUGGCUAUACACCUUAUCAGCCCCUUAGGGACACGCUCAACCCUGCUUGCACCCAGACCAAAAGACUACUCAUCAGAGGGAUUUAGUGACUGGGCCUUCAUGACCACCCACUCGUGGGAUGAGGAUCCUCGGGGGGAGUGGACCCUAGAAAUUGAGAAUGUCUCUGAACAAGGACACGACUAUGGUGUGUUAAGUCAGUUCACUCUGAUCCUGUACGGUACAGGCUCCAGCUCCAUUAACCCCUCCUCUCCUGACUUCCCGCGACCGUCUAACAAUAGCUGCAAGACCUUUGACGCCCAGCAGAUCUGCAUCGAAUGCAGCCCAGGAUUCUCACUGUUCCUGCAAGGUUGUGUAAAGCUUUGCCCCCCGGGAUUCACCUCAGGCCAACAACUCCUCAACCUUUCCCUGGAAAACUGGGUGGACUUGUCGUCCGUCCAAGCCUGCCUGCCCUGCCACCGUGCCUGCCUCACCUGCUCCGGUCCCGGGAAUAACAACUGCCUCUCCUGCCCCCCUCACAGCCACCUGGUUCUCACUGCCUGCCUGCACCAGAACCAGGUCCAGCGCAAGUCCCCUUCCGGACCCAUCGUGCAGCAAGAGGGGGGUACAUCAGGGGUGAAUCCAUUGGGGUCAGAGCAGGGUCGUGGUGGGGUAGGGGGUGAGCCUCCGGGGCCUAGCCUGUCUCUGUCCUCUCCUCUGGCCACCCUGUUGGCGGUGCUCAGUUGUGCCUUCAUCCUGGCAGCAUUUGCCGGGGUCUUCCUCAUGCUGCAGCUGCGCUCUCGUGGAGCCCCCUGGGAUCGGAGGACCAAACUGCACUCUGUGGAUACAGGAGGAGGGGACUCUGCAGGAAUUCGGGUGGGCUUUGGCUUUGGCCUGGGCUGGGAGAGGCAGGGCAGAGUGUCCUAUAAGGGGAUCCCCACAGUGUGGGGGGACGAGGACCAGGUAACAUUUGGGGGCUCUGAGUCCGACAGCGAGGAGCUAGACUGCCACAGUGAGAGGACAGCCUUUAUCAGGACACAGAGCUCCCUCUAGUUGCCUCUGUGACCUCUGUGUCCCGGGGGAAACUCUCUUCAGAGGGGUUGGUUUCUCCAGCCCCUCCCUCUGUUGGAUCUGAUGGGUCUGUAGUUGGGGUCUGGCUCAGGCCUGGUCUCUGGCUAUAGCUGAUACACAGAGAUGCUUAUCCAGGGAUGUGAUGGCACAGCCCAGCAAGCACCUUCAGGACCACUCAUUCAGAAAAUGUGUUUAUUUUAUGAAACCAUAUUUUUGUUUUAUAUCUUUUUCAUUAGCUUUUUAAACACUUGAAUAUGACCAUUUUCCCUGGCCCAAGGGUCAAGGUAAAGGUAAACUACAACUUCUGAAUUGAGUUGAGAAUCCAUUGUUUUUGCUAAUGUUUGACCUCAUUGCUAUUUCAGUAAAUACAAGGCCCUGAGUUAUUCUCCUAGCAUGAGUUUUAAGCAGACAUGGCAAGAGAUGUCAGUAUGUAUUCAUUCAUAUACGUAACAGUGACUUUGCAGAUAAGACCUGAACUAAGUGGAUGAAGACCAUUAUUGUUUUUUAUUAAAUGUACAACAGAUAGGUUAUGGGUAUAGAGAAAGUGUGGAUUUGUAGAUGAGAGUCUCUGUGUUCAACACAUUUUGAUGACUUAUUCUUUGGAAGCUUUCUAUUUUGCUCCAUAAUCGGUGGUCAUAAUCAGCAGUUUCUAGCUUUUCAGCAGCUAAUAAAGGUUGCAUUGUCUUGCUCAGACCUUGCUAAAGCCAGUGGUUGACAGAUUGCUCAACAUACGAGGAGGUUAACUUAUAAAAUGCCCAUCCAGCGACAUCUGAGCAGAGGAAUUUGCCUACAUUUCUAUAUUAAUCCAUCAACAAUUCAGCAGAUUCUUUUGGGGCAUGCUUCAAGGUUUGCUCAACUAUUGAGCUUUAACUUUGCAAUAUUAUCCCCAGCAUAAAACAAAUGUACAGUAGGCAGUUGUUGAAAGGCCGAACUCCUGGUAGUGUGUUUGUUUGGAUGUGAGCAGAAAGUGUGUACAUCAAUCAGAAAUCAAUCAGCAAACACACUAUGAAAGUUGUGUGGGAGGUGGGAUAGCAGGCUAUAUUAGCUAGUUUAUUCUGUUUGCACAGUGAGCUACAUACAGAGUUUUGCCUGACUGCUGUGAAAGCAGGCCAACAUGGAGCUUCCUAAGUACUAUGUUCCUGUCUUUUUGAAGAAGUUGAAGAAACAAAACACACUUAACCCAAAGCUGUUUGACCUUAUCCACAUUUCUCUAUUCUCUUAGUAUUGGCAAAAAGUAUCAUUUUAUCUUCCUUUUCCCAGUGGAGAUUAUAGAUUUUUACCUUUUGUUUCACCACCACAUUUUUAUCAUAAAAAAGGAAGAGAAUCACUCUUGGUUGUUAUUAAACAUUUCACACAUUUUGGCAAGCAAAUGUGAGUAUUUCUACAUCUGUAAAGGUCCAGUACAUUCAAAAACAUGAUUUUCCAUUUUCCACACUUAAAGGUUGAAAUAUGUAACAGAAAAAAUGUGAACGUGAUCAUAAUGCCAUUUUUGUGUACAUCGGUUUUUAAAAUAACACCUGUAAUUUCAUUCUAGGUGGGUUGGGUUUGUUUUGACUUACUAUGUAAUGCUAUUAAUGUGAUCUGAUAAGUGUAAGGGAUUUGCUCUAGAUCUGCCAGGUCUUAGAUAAGUGUUUUCCCCACAUGAUCAGCCUGGGCAUUUAAUGGAGGCUCAAAGGAGGCUCAGGGUAAAUGGUCAAAUAAAUUUUUUUUUCCAUUAUCUAAACACUUUUUUAUGGGUAUUUAUUUUAUUCAUCAUUAUCUCUUUUUAUUUAGGAAUUAAAAAGUCUGCGCCGAGCCAUUAACAACAUGUAUGGACUGGUUGAUACAAAGUCUCUCAUUCUUUUAUGUGAUAAUUGCUAUGCUAAAAUGUUUACAGCAUAUUUUUUACUGAUUUUAUUAUGCUACAUUUUUAUUUAACUGGUGUCAGUAUUGUGGGGAUAUAUUUCAUGCACAAAUAAAAUGACUUUGGUGGUCAUGAGUUGGGGUGAGUUAUCAACCAUGGGUUUUCUGCGUAGGCCUGUUUCACAAGAGUCAGCCAAAGCUUACAGAAAUCCACAACACAGAGCUAAUGUGUGGUCAGUAGUUCACAGCGAUACACUAGCAGAUCUUUAGGGCUUGUUUGGAUUAUGUGCUGCCAAGGAAACUCUCAACUGUUUUCUCUCUUUCACUCCUCAACUACAUAGAGAACCCGUCUGAGAUUCAAUAAAAAUGUCCUCUUCCUUUAUAAAUGGCUUAAAUACCAACCCUUUUAUAUAGUUAACCUAGUAUAAUAAGAAUAGGGAAUGUUUUGUGUGCGUUUGAUUUUUGUAACUGCUAAGCCUGCAACGCUCCAUGUAACAAUUCUGCUUAAAAUGUCCACAUCUUUUGUUAGUUGAGAGCCUACUGAGAACUCCCAACCCCACUUUAGUAAACUGGUAGUGGACAGUUGUACAUUUAGAUUUAUUUCUAAUAUAUACAUUAUUUCUUAUACAUUUUAUUGGGGCAAUGAAAGGGAAAGAGUGCCAGAAACAGUCCUGCUAAAGAAAAUUUAACAUAUUUGGUUAGUACAGAACUACUGAGUCUUUUCAACUCCGCCUAAGCUGAGACAGGGAGUCCAAUAGGUGUUACAUACAAAUUAAAUUGUAUUUAUAGCUAUAGCAUGUGGAAUAAAAUCUAGAAACCCUCCCUAUAUUCAAACUUUAUAGAACUCAUUUGUAUUCUACAGACAACUUUGAAUGGACUGGACCCUGGUUUUAUGGAGAAAACAUCAAUACUUUUUCCUGUACAGUGCAGUUUGAUUGUUCAGUAUACAGUAAGACAUUCAUUAAUAUUACAAAGUUGCAUUGUUGAACAAUAGCACCAGUAAAUAAAAUAUAUAAA